AACUAAUUGAAUAGCAUACUGCAUACCCAUCUCUCUACUAAGUCUAAGUCCAGUGAAACCAUCAAACAGUACCCACGGUGUGUAUAUACCAGUACCACCGCGUACUCAUAGCUUUCCUGUUAUAAUAUAGUUUUUGCAUGAGUUGACUUUGAGGUCUGCGCUCCAACUGCAACCAUAAAAGAAUGAGAAUGAUGAAUAACCAUUCAUUGGAGUGCAGCGCAGGCGAGGUGUUAUGGCGGCUCGAUCAUCAUCCUCCUCCUCCUACGAUGUGUACCUCAGUUUCAGUGACUCAGAUACUCGAUUCGGUUUCACUAGCUACCUCUACAAAGCUCUCUCUGACAAGGGAAUCCUCACCUUCAUCGAUAAACGGGAGCUUCACAAAGGGAGUGAAAUCACGCCAUCACUUCUCAAAGCAAUUGAAAAUUCCAGGACUGCCAUCAUUGUUCUCUCUGAAAACUUCGCUUCUUCUUCGUUUUGCUUGGAUGAACUCGCCUACAUCAUUGAGCGUGGCACGGCAAAGGGUCUAUUGGUAUUGCCUGUUUUCUAUUAUGUCGAUCCUUCUGAUGUGCGACAUCAGAGAGGGACUUAUGGAGAAGCAUUUGCUAAGCAUGAGGAGAGGUUCAAGGAUAAUAGGGAGAAACUGCAGAAAUGGAGGAAUGCUCUGCAACAAGCAGCUAAUUUUUCCGGCUACCAUGUCCAACACAGUGGAUAUGAACAUGACUUUAUUGAGAAGAUCGCUGAAGACAUCUCUAGCAGGAUUAGUCGGUUUCCUUUACGUGUUGCUAAUUACCCAGUUGGCCUCGAUUCUCGAUUGCAACAAGUUUGCUCGCUUCUGGAUGUUGGAUCUGAUGAUAGUGUCCUCAUGGUAGGGAUCUGGGGAAUGGGCGGCAUAGGUAAAACAACACUUGCUCGGGCAGUUCAUAAUUUGAUUGCUGAUCAGUUUGAAAGCUUAUGCUUCCUUGAUGGUGUGAGUGAAAUUUCACGUAGAAAUGGGGUAAUGCAUCUCCAAGAGAAGCUCCUUUUUCACAUAGCUGGAAACAAAGAUAUUCAUCUAGAAAGUGUGGGAGAAGGAGUUUCAGCCAUAAAGCAUACCUUCCAUGAAAAAAAAGUUCUUUUGAUUCUAGAUGAUGUGGACAGACUACAGCAAUUGGAAGCCUUGGUUGGAGGACCUAAUUGGUUCGGUUUGGGCAGCAGAGUUAUCAUUACAACUCGGGAUAGACAUUUGCUAGCAGUCCAUGGGGUUGAAAGAAUAUACAAGGCAGAAGAGUUAAAUAACACAGAGGCUCUUGAGUUGCUCAGGUGGAAUGCGUUUAGAUAUGGCAAUGUUAAUCCAAGUUACACAAAAGUUUUAAAUGAAGCAGUAACUUAUUCUUCUGGUCUUCCCUUGGCUUUGGAAGUAAUAGGUUCCAAUUUGUUUGGAAAAAGUGUGGAGGAAUGGAGAUAUGCAUUAGAUCGGUUGAAAAGAAUUCCUCAUAAUGAAAUUCACAAUAUACUUAAAGUAAACUAUGAUGAUUUGGAGAAAGAUGAGCAACGAGUCUUUCUUGACAUUGCUUGCUGCUUCAAAGGAUAUGAUUUGGCAGAGGUUCAAGAUAUACUUUGUGCUCAUCAUGGUUACAACGUCAAACAUCAUAUUGGAGUAUUGAUUGAAAAAUCUCUCUUAAAUGUUAGUUCGGAAGGUAAGGUAACACUACAUCCCUUGAUAGAGGACAUGGGCAAAGACAUUGUCCGCCAAGAAUCACUAAGAGAGCCUGGGAAACGCAGUAGGUUAUGGCUCCCUGAAGAUUUAGUUCAUGUUUUAGAAGAAAAUAUGGGAACUGGUAAAACUGAAAUCUUACAUCUGGAUUUCCCCUUAAAUAAAGAAGUGAAAUGGGAUGGGAAUGCCUUCAAGAAGAUGAAAAACCUCCGAACACUUAUUAUAAAAAAAUGUCAUUUCUCCAAAGCUCCCAUACAUCUUCCUAAUAGUUUAAGAGUAUUGGAAUGGUGGAAAUAUCCUUCAGAGGAGUUACCAUCUGAUUUUCAUGCGAAGGAACUUUCUAUAUGGAAACCGACCGAGUUACUAAAGAGGGUUCCUGAUGUUCCACGGAAUUAUGUGAGGGUUUCUCCACUUAAGUUGCAUAUUUUACAGAGGGUUUUGCUAGGUAAGAAGACGUGGAAACCUAUAGAACUUUUGAAGGAUUUAUUAGAGAGCAUUCCUGAAGUGCUGCAGACUUCUCAGGGGGUUCCUCAGAUUACUUUGCAGACUUCAGAGAUGUUUUUUCAAGCUGAGACGUUGUGGAGACCUAUUGGCCUUUUGCAGACAUCACAGAACAUUCCCGGAAAUUUUCUGACUUCUCAGGAGUUUCCUCAAGUUAUGUUGCAGACUUCACAGAGGGUUUUUCAAGCUCAGACGGGGUGGAGAUUUGUUGGCCUUUUGCAAAGUGUUCCUGGGGUUUUGCCGAUUUCUCUAAGGGAUUCUCAAGUUAUGUUGCAGCCUGCACUGCGAGCUAAGAUGGGGUGGAGACUUGUUGGCCUUGCAUCAAGUUUAGUAGGCCUGUUAUGUCAUGCUCUAAGCCCUUCUUUCAAACGUUUAAUUGGUAGGUGGAACCUUUUCAAGCUCCUUCUUUACUGUGUCUUUUCCGUGGUUGUCUGUACCACUGUAUUGUUUGCGAAGCAGCUCUCACUCUUAAGGCAGCAAGGUCAGCUCCAAAGCUAUGUUCUAUUUGUGGUUUUGAUGAUCAUCUCAGUGUACUCAUUCUUAUACGAUAAAGCUGUGGAUGGGAAACCUGAAAUAAAGAGCUUGGUUGCUAAUGCGGCCUUUGCUUUGGUUUCACUGAGUUUGUCCAAACUGAUUAAGUCUGGAUAUGAGAUUGGUAUGUUUGCUUAUUUCCUAGGCUGCUUUACUGUUCAACUGGUGACCAUCAACUGGGUGCUGAUUUUGGUUGCCAUAAUCUUCGGCUGUCCCCUCGUUGUUAUGCAUUCCUCUUCUGAUUUCCCCACUAGAUGAUGGUAAUGGAGGUCAUGUUAUAUAUUCCUCUUUGGAUUCCCAACCAGAAGUUGGUAGUGGUGGCCAACAUGUCAUAGACAUGCCAUGUUAGAAAGGGAACUGCAACAAAUAACCAAAUGUUUAAGAAGUGCUGCUUUGCAGUAGCAUUGUUGGGGAUUUCAGUUUUAUGGAACCAUAUGGACAAUGGAGAUGAAGUAUCGGUUGGAAAGAGAUAUUAGUUCCUAAAUAAUUUUGGUUCUUGAUGUUUAGUCUUAGAGCAAAAGCCUCAAUGAUUUCACUGGAAGUCUUUAGACCUUCGUGUAUACACUUUUCCGCUUGUGGUUUGUAAGUAACGUCUUUUUGGUUCCCAAAGAAGUCUCCCAAGAUAACACUAUAUAUGUUGCAGUGGAGAACAAGGCAAUUCAGCCUAGUCAUCAAUGAGUGGUUUAGGCUUAAUGACACUUAUGUGACUUUUGUCACAUGACUUUUUUAAGUAAUCACAUGACUAUUAAUUUGUUUUAAUCGAGAUCGUUUCCGAUUAGAUCUAUCGGUUAUGAUUUAUUCUAAUGUUCUCAAUAAAAUUACAUUUGGCAUUA